CUAAACCCACAACAGUAAAAUCAGUCUGUAUAUGCAGUAAAACAUGCUUGUUAUACUCAUUGUGGAAUCCUCUGCAUUGUGUAAAAAUGCUGUUUGAUCCUGACUUCUCUGAUCCACCCCUUCUUCCAGUGCACCCCUUUUAUCUCCUGAUAAGACAUAUUGUUUGGAGACACUCUGCACAUGCUCAGUUUGGUGUGUAUUUGCUAGAGAGGGUUUUUAUUUCUUGGGAUAGUGUGUUUCAGCACAGAGCCAAUCAGCAUUGUCCAGUCAGAGGGUCAGGGGUUAUGCAGCCUCUCAUAGGACAGUUAGAGCAGAAGAAAAACUCCUCCUACAAGCUUUAACCAGUGCUCAGUUGGACACUGAUAGAAAAAAAAAAAGGUAUUUAGCAGUUUAUAUUUACUAAAAUAAUUGCACUUCCAUGUUGUGUGCACUGUGGAAGACCAGAUAUAGUGAAU